UAUCUAUCUAUCUAUCUAUCUAUCUAUCUACAUGUCCCUCCAUGGGAUUCUGUGCUGUUUGUGUUUUUACAUUUUAUUAAUCAGAGAAGUGUUGAGCACAUGAUGAGAUAAGAGGCCUAGUUACACUGUAUACCUGAUUAUUAUACACAAAUAUGCCGUGCACUAUUGUUUACUUAAAGGUGUGUGUUAGUGUGUGUGUGUGAGUGUGUGUGUGUGUAAAUAUACACAGCGUAAACGUACAUAGUGUUCUACGAAACAGAAAACGCUACACCUCGUAUUUGUACACCUGUAGAGUGCACCUGCAUGGUGGGGCAGCUGAUAAACUCGCAGCCGGGUCGUUACAACCCAAAGGACACAGGCAUACACAGCAGGAGCGCUGACAUAGAGUGUGUGUGUGUGUGUGUGUGUGUGUGGUGUUGCCGUUGUUGCUGUUGGGGAUUUAAACACAGCGUUCACCGCGUAUCGUGCUUUAUUACACACACACACACACACACACACACACACACACACCCACACACCUUACUGGUGUAGGUUUAGAGACUCAUCGUUUUUCAUGUGUGACGUGUUUAUUUUUCUUAACCUUCAUUAGUGUGUUUCUGAUUGCAGUAGCAAACCCAUUAGAUAUGCGGAGGUGUUUAACACACCAAUUACACCUGAUACACUCGUACCAGCACCACACACACACACACACACACAAUCAUGUCAGUGUUACUGUCGUACUGAGAAUAAUGGUAUACAAUGUCAUUGUGUGUGUAUAUGUGUGUGUGUUUGUGUGCUCUACAAAUGUAUGUAUCUGUAGGCUUAGCUUAAACCUUGUGCAAUGUUCUGAGAUGCUUUUCUGCUCACCACGUUUGUAAACAAUGAUUAUUUGAGUUACUGUAGCUUUCCUGUCAUCUCGUACAAGUCUGUCCGUUCUCCUCUGACCUCUCACCACCUACAGAACUGCCUAAGAUCACAUUUUCCCCCAUCCUGAUGUUAGAUGUGCACUUUAACUGAAGCUCUUGACCUGUAUCUGCAUGAUUUAAUACAUUGUGCUGCUGCCGCAUGAUUGGCUGAUUGGAUAAUUGCAUGAAUGAGCAGAUGUUCCUAUUAAAGUGAGUGUAUAUAUAAAUGUGUGUAAUUAAACUAUACCACAUUCAUUAGUAGAAACAGCAUAUGUGUGUUUGUGUGAUUUUCAUUUACUGUUGGUUUGUUUGCUUUACCACACAUUUUUUUCUUAAAUAAUUUGUACAUACAGCACACACACCCACACACACACACACAGACACACAUGUAUAUAAUAUAUAUAUAUAUAUAUAUAUAUAUAUUUCCUGUCAGUGUUGUGCUGUACAUUUAGUUCUUCUGGUGCACAAUGUAAAGAAAUGAGAUACAGCUGACACACCUUUGGCAAACAUACACGUCACGUAUUGCAUACACACGUAUAGAUAUGUGUUUCUAUAGACUAGUUUAUCGCUGCAGUAUUUCUAAAAGGAAAACCGUUUUUCCACGUUGGAAUCAACUAAAAGUUCCCAUAAGAUAAGAUAACAAAAAUCCCCACACUACAGUCGUACAAUUCUGUUGUACAAUGAACUGUGCUGUGUUGUGUUUGUCGUAUUUCCAUUGACACCUGCCUUACAGAUUGCAGUUACGCAGCUGAUUAUUGGACUGUUGUUGAUAUAUUGUCUUUACUGAACACUGCUGACGUCGGACAUGUGAGAUGGUUGGACAUGUGCACGGCUCGCUCCUUCCCACAGUAUCCUGACGUGACCUGUAACUGAGCACAUGUGACCUCUCCUGGCCUUUUUCCAAGCUAUACAAAGUGCAUGCACUGUGAAAAAAAAAGUUACAGGAGCUCAGGAAUACUGCGUCCUCACGUCCCUCUUGUCCUCCUGUCUCAGCUCUGAUGGCUUUCAUGAUGUCGAGCUUAAAUCCCUAUUUGUGGUGCUUGUGAGACGUCCCCGAGGACCCAUCCCAGAGAAAACAGUUAACCAGGCGCACAUCUCAGAACCACACUGGUCGUGUCUCAUGGUAUUGGUCAUUGGUGUUGAAGCGAGCGUCGGGAUUGGUUGGUGAGCGUGGCUCCUCAGAGCUGUGGGAUGUCCAUCUGACUCAGCGACGCGAAUGACAGGCAUUCGUCCCCAGGUGGGGCCCGCCUCAGUCUCACAUGAUUGGCUGCUGGAUGGAAUUAAGGUGAAUGGAACACAUGCCCAAGGAGCAGGACCUUAAUCAAUCAGAGAGAGAAGAGAAACGGUGGCUCAAUGGCCCAAAAAGGAAGAGGAAGAAUAGUCAGUGUUCGGUGAAGAGCAUGUCAGGGUACAUCCCGAGUUAUCUAGAGAAGGAUGAGCCAUGUGUGGUGUGUGGAGACAAAGCCACUGGCUACCACUACCGCUGCAUAACCUGCGAGGGCUGCAAGGGAUUCUUCCGGCGCACCAUUCAGAAGAACCUGCACCCAUCGUAUUCCUGCAAGUACGAUGGCUGCUGCAUCAUCGACAAGAUCACACGCAACCAGUGCCAGCUGUGCCGCUUCAAGAAGUGCAUUGCAGUGGGCAUGGCCAUGGACCUGGUUCUGGACGAGGCGAAGCGAGUGGCCAAGCGACGUCUCAUCGAAGAGAACCGGGAGAAGAGGAGGAAGGAGGAGAUGGUGAAGACCCUCCAGAACCGGCCCGAGCCGACGGGUACAGAGUGGGAGCUGAUCCGCAUCGUGACUGAGGCUCACCGCCACACCAACGCCCAGGGCUCACACUGGAAACAGAAACGCAAGUUCCUGCCUGAAGACAUCGGCCAGUCGCCUGUAGCCCCCACAUCAGACGGGGAUAAAGUCGACCUGGAGGCAUUCAGCGAGUUUACCAAGAUCAUCACGCCAGCCAUCACACGCGUCGUCGACUUUGCCAAAAAACUGCCCAUGUUUUCAGAGCUGCCUUGUGAGGAUCAGAUCAUCCUGCUGAAGGGCUGCUGUAUGGAGAUCAUGUCUCUGCGGGCGGCGGUGAGGUACGACCCCGAGAGCGAGACUCUGACGCUGAGCGGAGAGAUGGCCGUGAAGAGGGAGCAGCUGAAGAACGGCGGUCUGGGCGUGGUCUCCGACGCCAUCUUCGACCUGGGCAAGAGCCUUGCGCAGUUCAACCUGGACGACACGGAGGUGGCGCUGCUGCAGGCCGUGCUGCUCAUGAGCUCAGACCGCUCAGGUUUGACGUGUGUGGAGAAGAUCGAGAAGUGCCAGGAGACGUACCUGCUGGCGUUCGAGCACUACAUCAACUAUCGCAAGCACAACAUUCCCCACUUCUGGCCCAAGCUGCUGAUGAAGGUGACGGACCUGCGCAUGAUCGGUGCAUGCCACGCCAGCCGCUUCCUGCACAUGAAGGUGGAGUGUCCCACCGAGCUGUUCCCUCCACUCUUCCUCGAGGUCUUCGAGGACCAGGAUGUGUGAGCGCUAGAAAGGAAUGGCAACUUUUUUUUUUUUUUUUUUUUAAAUGUACACACCUGACCAUCUCCGUCCUUUUAAACACGUCGACACAGUCCCGGUCCCGGUCCCACCUCAUCCGCCUUUCCACGCGUCAAACGCACCAGCAGCAUGAUGGCAGAGGCAGAGGCGGCGUCAGGACCUUCACCGGGGCUCGUGUUCUCCUUCGAUGUUUUUCAGAAAUGGCUAUUUAUUCUACAUUUGCUUUUUACGGAGUGUUUAACCCCUCCCCCUUUAGAUUUUCUCCGCCAGCCGAUUUACAGGUGGCCCUUCUGUCUCUGCGCUAUGUCUUAGACUGAUCUACCUGAAAGUGAACCUUAGCAGCUAUGGACACAAAUACACACAUACACACACAUAUACAGAUGUCUAACCUCAAGUCAGAACACUUCAACACACACACACACACACACACACACACACACAUACAUACACACUACUCUCAAACCAGCUACUCAGAGCAGCUCUGUUGCACAGGGCAUGUACAAAAACCAGGCGCUAAACCAGCGCUAGAUUUGUGUUAGCCAGUGGUCAGGCCAUUUGAGUAGUCUAAAAUCAUCCUGGUACCACUAGUGAUGACCACCAGUGUCUCUCGUUCUCUUUUUCUUUCAUACACACACAAUGAACAGGUCAGCGUAGUAGCAGUAGUGUCAUAGCACGACUCGAACAGACCUCAUUUCACUGAUCAUAGUGAGCCCGUGUGCCGUCUGGGAGGAGAAUCUUAGAAGCAAAUCAGGUGCUGCAUUUAAUUAAAAGCUACUCAGAAUGGAUUUGGGAUGUUUUAAAAGUAUGUAUACUCACUCACCUGGAUGUAGACCACUUCAGAGAACAGACACAGACUCACAGCACGGUGCCGAGGUGUUAGUUUGUGGUUCUGGCUGGUUGUGGCCUGGGUUUGUAGUGCCAACGCUCCACAGAGUCGUAUUCAGCGUGGGCGAUUUUUGGUUUACGAGAUAUUCAUAAAUCUCAUCACAUUUCUAGGUCUAUCAUUUAAAUUAGGGAUCUAACCGAUUACGAAUGAACAAGAACAUGUUCUGAGCAGACUUGUUCAGAAAGGAGGCACACUAUUCGUUUUGUUUGGUUUUUUUUGUCAGAAAUGUUCACAGGGCAUCUGAUUGACCCUAGAGGUUGUUACUUUUAUAGAGUCAUGAGCAAGCGGUCAGAUAUGAAGCUUAUGGUAUAAACAAAGACCACACUAAUUAACAUGACCAUCCAGCGUUCAUUCAUUCAUCCUUAGUAACUGCCUGGUCAGGGUUGCAGUCUUUAAAAUUAGGCUACUAGUUUGUUGAUAUUUUGUGAAGUAGAACCAAUUAAAUUUGCUUUCUCGGACAGGUGCAAACAAAAAUAAUCUCGCAUAAUUUCUUAGUUGAAACUAAAUAUAAACUAGAGUGAUGUUGAGGAACUGUCAGAGCUAGAAUUCACACACUGUGCUGACACUGCUGAUGUUUCUACCUCUCGGGUUUGUCCAGUGUUUCCGGCGGCAUAGUGGUAGGGUUCAUAUAAAAAAAAAACUUCCAGUUUAGGCCACGCCCACAUUAGGUUUAAAUCCAGAUACAGAUAUGUACUGUAUAUUUGAAGCACUAAACAAAUACAGAUAGUGGCCUUGUAUUAUAGCCAUAAUUUAGAUAUAUGAGGGUGAGUCAAAUGAAAACCUUAAAAGCGAGACAUAAAUUCAAAUCGAGUCACUGAAUGUUUUUUUUUCAGGAGGAAUCCAUUCACUCUUUAAGUGCUGGAACACUUGCAUUGAAUGAAUUGGACAUUAUGUAGAAAAAUGAAACGGUGUCUAAACGCAUAGUUCAGGCUUCUCAAAUGGAGUAAACAUGCAGGAUACAGUUUGUGAGCUCCUUAUUCUCUAAUAAAGAUAUUAUUUAAACAUAGUAAUGUGUAAGGUUUAGGGAGGCUGAAAAACUGUUCAAACACUGCAAAAAUUACAUUUCGGAAAGUGAAAAUAUCUUGAAUAUAGUCAAAUGUAUCUAAUAUUUCAUAUUAUAAGAUUACCAUAAACCAAAUAUAAGAUUAUUAAACCUGUUUCUAGAAAUUUUUUACUCAUUUCAGCGUUAAGAUUUUCUUAUUCUGUUGGCAGAUAAUUUUGCUUCUUUCUAAGAAUUAUUGUUUAAAAUUAGCAAAAAAUAUCCACUAAUAGAACGAGACUGUUUCAAGCCUGAAAUUAGUAAAGAAUGUCUAGAAAUAGGUUUAAUAAUCUUUAUAUUAAUAAUUUGGUUUAUUGUAAUCUUAUAAUAGGUAAUAAUACAUACAUCUGACUAUAAAUCAGAUAUUUUCACUUGGUAAGAUGACAUUUCUUGGAGUGAGAUGAAAUUUUUAUAAACUUUUUAUAGUGUUAUAGAUCUGCAAACUGAUUUCCUGAUUUCUCUUUUGCACAACUUUCAAAAACAAGUAGAUUUCAUUCCGAGUGUGGCGCAGGAGCAUCACAGACAUUUAGACUGAUUACGAACUAAACUGGUUCGACUUAUGUUCAUUUCAUUACAGCAGGUAGCUCUCCUUAAUGAGCACGUGAUGAACAUGUGACAUCGUCACAUAACUUAGACACUUAGCUAGUUAUGUUAGUUAAACUGUAAAUAAAAACAUUUCCAUGUCAUUUUGGUUAUAUAUUCAGAUUUUCUUAAACUAGAUGUUUCAAAGUAUGUUAUAGGUGGCUUAUAGAUUUUUCUUUUCUUAUUUUGGUGAAAACUCAGCCACAGGGAAUCUGAAGGCUUUUUUCCCAGUUCACCACACAUUCGCCACACUGUAAAAUCUGUGCGCCAAAAAAACGUUUGAAAGACAAAUUUUAUUUUCUAGUUACAUGCACGAUCAAAAAGUUGCACGGCAUAAAAUCUGUGGAUCGAAUCGAAAAAAUCAGAUACCCAUCCAGCAUCGCCAGAUCAGUACAUACUGCACCUAAUAUGUUGUAAAGUAAAACAUAAAACAACCUACUGUGAAAUAUCCAUGUUGCUAGCUAGCUGACGAAGCUAACUUUGACCUGCACAACUCGUCAGAACUACCGAACCUCAUCCUGCUUGCCUUGUUACUUUAGAAAGCGACGUGAACACGCAGGCAAAUGGCUCCAGUGUAAAACAAAUGAAUCACAUUUUAACUCUGAAUACGGCUAAGGUAAGAGAGGCGCGCUCACAAACCCAGGAAUAAAUUCAGGCUCAUAUGGUAACCAGGCUAAUGAAUAGCACUGAAUAGUAUUAUGUUCCUCCCAGACUGAGCACACACACACACACACACACACGGACACACAAACCUCAGACACCUGUAAAGCCUCAUUACUGUAUGCACUGCAGUGCUGUUGCUCUAAAACCAUCUCCACCAUCUCCCUAUCUGGGCACAGACAUCGCUCUGGGUGUGACACACACACACAAAACACACACACACACGCACACGCACACACAGUGAUGAGUGUAGACAGAGCAGGCAGGCUAGCGGCUUGAUGGACUGGCUGUUUUAUGGUAUUGUUGUUUAAUUAUUAUUUUUUUUGUACCUCAGUUCGGGCACACCUCUGGCUGUGGCUCCACAACUGCCUCUGUGCUGACAGGCUCUACCUCACCUCUGAACAGAGAGCAGCUACCUCACAGCCUCCUCCUCACACCUACACACACACACACACACACACACACACACACAUUCUUGAACACACUGACGUAUUCAUGAGCAGGAACACAAAGAAAACCCUAAAUCUAAAACGAACACACUGACUCAGCUCUCCCUCAGCUCUCGCUCUUGUCGGAAUACCACUGUAGACAGGAGGGCCGACCAUUCCUCAUCCUCAUCCCUGUUCCUCAUCCUCAUCCCUGUUCCCCAUCCUCUUCCUCACUUCUCAUCUUUCUCACUCGAAGCCAGGCUGAGAGGACAACAGAGGACAGUUUCCCUGUUUUUUUGUACUUUUUUUAUAAAUAAAAAAAUAAGUGGGACCAAUUGACACAUUGGAAAUUUGGAAGUCCCCAUUUCCAUUCCGUUAAAAAAUGGACGCCGUCUUGAGUGGGAAUUGAAAGCAACAGGAAUUAAAAAAAAGAAAGGAAAGAGCAAAUGCUGUUGCUCUAAAAAAUCAAGCAGCAAACACGGAUUUGAUGGAAGAAAAUGAAGAUCUGACAGAUGCCAGGCCAAAAAAAGGCCCAGUCUAAAAAAAAAACAACAACAACAAAACGUUGUGUUUGGAAUAUUUUGUGAAAAUUUUGAAAUAGAUGAAAGCGGGCAUGAGCAUGAUUCGUCUUAGCAUCAGUCCUAAAACCACAACAUUAGUUGAUUUUAUACUUAGGAAAUAACCAAUCCCUUCCUACAAUCAUUUAUUCAUUUAUAUAUAUGCGUGGCGACUUCUGCCAGAAGCCACGCCUCCUCAGAACUCUCUCAGAAUCAGUAUUACAACUACCACCACCAUGUUUCUACUCCAAAACAAAAAAAUAUCAAAUGCUCAUACUUUGUGUAACUCAUCACCCGUACGUCCCCCACCAGUGGAUAAGCCCCUCCCUUAUAAGACAAGGUUGAGCCUUGGCCACACCCACACACCACCGCCGAGUGAAUGUGAACCGGUAGAGCAUAAAGAGAGGGUCAAAGAUCUCUGAGCUCUAAAAGCAAACCAGAAUGGAAGCUCGUCCUUCUUCUCAGAUAUAUGAUGGUCCAUGUUGCCCCGCCCACUUUCAUCGGCGAUUCCUGUAACCCCGCCUCAAAAGCUCAUGCAUCAAGGAAUCACCACGACGAUGAUGACGUCGCCAGUUUUGAUAUCGAUUUUGGGUUUGUGUGCAUAACAGCAGGGGUGAUGAAGCUGCUCUACCUUUCAAGUCUAAUUUUAUUUGAGAGACAAAAAAUAUGGAGAAAUUCUAACAAAAAAAAAAAAGAAAGAAAAUGAAACAUGACUUUCAGGACUCCAGAACAAAGUUUAAAAAAUUGGAGCUAUUUCUGUUGUUUGUUUUUUUUUUUUCCUUAAUCUUGAUGUAUUUUUUGUUUGUUUGUUUGUUCGUUCGUCUGUUUUAUGGUGCUUAACUGCUAUGUAAGAAAGAAAAAAAACAGCCGUAGUCACUUUUUGACCAUGCGUGCAGUGUAUGUAAAAAAAAAAAAAUACUCAAGACAAGAAUUUCACUUCCUUUUUCACCUCAUGAAUAGUUUGUAACCAUAAGCCAACUCGCUCUGUUUGUCUGUAUAUCUGUCCUUUUGUCCGUCCUUUUCUCCAGGUGAUGAAUUUACAACAACAACAAAAAAAAGAUAUGACAACAGGAAUAUUUUCUUUUUUUUAAUGUUUUGUUUCUUUUUUUUUAUGAACGAAGACUCUGAAACGUAAAAAAAAAAAAAGGAAAAUAAUGCAAAAGAGACUGAAAAUAUGAAAAAAAAAAAAAACCCUGAAACACAAUCUACUCAUACCUCACAUAACAUAAGACUCAAACGAACUUGGGAGGAGCGCUUAUCGGCGAGGCACUUUGUUCAAGUGCAGCGAGUGUGUAUGUACAGAGAUGUACGACGAGGUAAAAGCGCUGAAAUGUCAGUCGUUAUCUCACACACACACGCAUGCACACACACAGCUCGACGCUUCAGGUUUGAAAACCAGUUAUGGAGGAUGGCGGCUGUAGCUUAGCUAGGGAGUGAUCAGCGCUAAUGCUAAUAACCUGACUGCGAUCGGUGUGUAUGUGUGUGUAUGUGUGUAUGUGUGUGAGACAUCGGAGAGUGUGUCAUGGACUUGAAUGUAGCUGACAGAACUGGGUUUCUAAGCGAGCCCAGGAAACCAGAACCUCACUUCAGGUCACCAGCAGAGUGGACUUUACUAUCAAAAAAAAAAAAAAAAAAAAAAAAAAAAAGACAUUACACAACAACAAACUGAGAAUCUAUUGUCUAUAACCCACCUGCAAGGUGCAAUUGUUCAAUUUUUGUGUUCUUUUUUUUUUUUUUUUUACCUUGUUUGUUUUAUUUUACGUUUUUAUUCUGACCAUAAGCAAGGAUGUAAAUACAAAAAAAAAAAAGAUUUUUUCAGUAUAUGAUAUGUCACGCAUAUGCAACACUCGUAUACUGGACGUUCAAGAGACCAGGAAAAUCAUGCAAAUAAUGCAAGUCAUGACAACUGAUUCCCACCACCGUGUAAAAAACGAAAUACCUGCAUAUACGUAGCUCUAGAACUGCUUUGUACAUCGGGAUGUGUGCUUGUGUGCAUUGUGAAUGCGCAUGUCGAAUUUUUGAGAUGAUAAAAAAACAAAAAGUGCCCCCUUUUAGUUGAUCCCCGUGCCUCGUACCUUCACACAGAGCCGCUGCGGUCGCUUUCUGCCUUAGUGUGUUUGAUCGAAUGGAGGGAUUGAUAGAAAAGGAAGAGUCAAGUGAGUUAUAAGAAUUAUACUAUUAUUCUUUUAAAAAAAAAGUGAAGCCUUAUUGGUGCACAUGUCGACACUCAAACAGGCAUGCCAUGGGGAGGGAAGGUGGAAAGGUGGAAAGGAUUUUCGUUUUUUUGUAAUUUUUUUUGCCAAAUCUAGAGUUCUGUGAUUUUCCUCCUGAUAAAAAAAAGCUUUGUAGCAAGAAUGUCUAUGCAACGAGCUUUCCUCACGCCCUGAACGCACACUGCUUGUUUGAUUUGCUUGACCCUCACACCCCGCUUCUGCUGCAACUGCAUGAGCCUGGGCCUGGGAACAAACACGUCCGUCUGUCUGUCCGUCCGUCUGUCCGUCCGUCUGUCCGUCACAGCUCUGAAAAAAAAAAAACUCCUAAGAAGAGUUUAGCUAACAUUCGUCAGUGUCUUGCGCUGUGUAUGUAUGCGUUUGUGUGUGUGUAAUCAAUGCUCUCAUGGGUUGGUGGAUCGCUACUACCUAAAAAAAAAAAAAAAAAAAAUGAGUCGCUCUUUAUAAAGGAAUGGAAUUUGUACAUGUUAAACAUGGAGUACGGCUAAAUGUAGGCUAAUUCUGUGGAACUUCAGCCUGAAUGAUGAUGAGAUUAAAGGAAUACUUUGACAUUUUGCCACCAGGAUAAAGCCGUGACUGAAGAUGAAUGGAUGAAAGGAUGAAUGUUUAAUUAACACAGAACUGAAUUUUCCUCACGUUUGCCUGCGCUGAGAAAAAGAACAGUCUGUAUUCUACAAACUGACGUAUAAUGGAAAGUCUAAGGGCAGCUGUUUAAAUUCCAUCAAUAAGCAUUUAUGCAAAAUUAUUCAUAAAGCAGUAUUUUGGAAUUAAGUUCUACAACUAAAUAUCAACCUGUUUUAUGAUAAAUAUUUACAAAUUUGAAUAUGUUUGGAUUUUAUUCAGUUUCAUACAGUUGAAGUAAAGGUUCAAACACUAACUCCACCCAUAACCCCAACCUUAACCUUAAAUUACAUUACAUUUGAUACAAUUUGACUUAACCAUCUGUUAGAAAUGUUGAAAUCAUUAUGACUUGCCUUUAAAAGAAAAAAAUUGUGGCUAUGCAUUAAUAAUGCAGUUGCAGUUUCCAAACCUACAAGUGUAAAUAUAAUAAUAAUAAUAAUAAUAAUAACAAUAAUAAUAAUAAUAAUAAUAAUAACAAUAAUAAUAAUAAUGAAUAAUUCAUUUCAUUUUUUAAAAUUGCAUAACAUUAAAAAAUGUUCAUUUUUGGGAUCAGUUUUCUUUUUUUAAAUGGCACUGUCUUAAUGUCAUGCUUAAAAAAAAAAAAAAAAAAAAAAAAAGGAAUGUUAAUUUUCAGGCCCAUUUUCUUUUUUUCUCUCUUUUUUAAAAUUAUUUACAUUUUUUUUCUUUACUGUGUCAAAAAGUUGUCUAUAAGAUCAGCAAGAAGACAUUAGGUGUGUUUAAUCCUAACACCUUUAUGUUUAGAGUGUAACAACUACAGUGUUAUUGUGUAUUUUAUCGACUGACUGGAACAACUGCCCUUAGACUUCCAUCAUAAGCAAGUUCUUAAACUAAACAGAUUUUCAGUUCUUUUCUGAGUGCAAGGAAACGUGUUGAAAUUCACAUCUAAUAUCGUCACACAAUGCAGUAAAAACUCUGUAGUAUUCUUUUACUUACUCCAACUCCAUCAGAGUGAUCGGACCGCUCGGCUCCGCUCGGCUCGGCUCUCCUUAUCUGUAAAAAUUCUGACAUUCUCCCUAAACGAACCAGUCAGCAAGUGCAAUAUAUUUAAUCCAACACCCUGGUCACAUGACCCUAAAUUUUUGCCUAAUCUGAACUCUGAAGUUUAGGUUGUUUGGAGCUAAUCAAAUUAGUCUGAAUGUAUACCAAGCCCGAGUGUGAAACACGCUAAUGAUACACACCCAUCCAUGAGAGUGUGUGAGGAGAGCAGGAUGAUGUUCACUCCACAUCUGUUUAUCAGUGACGGGAAAAAAGAAUUAAAGAAUUCUCUCAGGUAUAUCAAAUAUAUAUAUAUAAAUCUAUACAAGAAGCAUUUUUAAAUAAACAAUGGAAAAUAAAAGCCACUGCCAUUUUGUUAUGUUAACUCAUCAUUCUUUGCUCUCAGAGUGGAGGCUGUGUGUGUUUUCAUUUAGUUUUAUUUUUGGGUUUUGUGUGUAUGCUGUCUGUUUUUCUUUUUGGGGCCUCGUUCAUGGGAAUGCUCUACACUCUCAGAACAAAAAGGGUACUAAACUGUGUGUGUGUAUGUGUGUAUAUAUAUAUAUAUAUAUAUAUAAAUUUUUUUCUUUAAAAUAACAGCUAAGAUUUAAAAUGAUUUUAUUUUAACUGAAGCACGUAAAAACUCCAGGGAAAAAUAUGUGGCCUAACAUUUUUAAAUCACUUACAUUGCAAAUAUAAAUCAAAUUAAUAAAGUAUAAAUAUAAUGAGCUUCUUCAUAUGUAAAGUUUUCGUUUCCAAAAAAAAUCGAUUCCUUUAUUGUGAAGAAUUUCUACACAACUAACAUGAGUAGCUCACCAUUUGUUGUUGACGUUAGGCCACGUGACUAAUGUUGUUAUCACGUGACCUACUUUACCUUCCUUACAUUGUUGCACUACAAGCAAUACUCUGAAAGUGGUCAGAAUUCCUUCGGGAGCAGAUGGGAUUGCUGAAAAACUCCUACAGAAGAGGGUGAGAAUUCCUUUGGUAGCAGGCGGAAUUAGUCAGGAUUCCUUCAGGAGCGUAGUUGGAAUUCCUUCAGGAUCAGAUUGAAUUUCUUCUGAUAUCCGCCAUUUUUCACUCCUGGUUAUCAGAUCAGAGCCACCUCUAGUAAUUAUCUUUUAGAGUUAAACUUUUUUGGUACACUACCCAUGCAAAAGAUACUAAAGGUGCAAAAGACUUAAGAGAACCAUCCUAGGAACAAGAAAUGAUACAGUUUAGUACCCUUUUUUCUCAAAAAUUGGAAAUUUAAAAAAAAUGAUUAAAAUGAAAACAAGUACACGAGGCACACUUGUGUCAGAAGGUUGUAAAGAUGUGUGUUCCUGUAUCCGCUUUACCUUGCAUUGCUUUACUCACCUUCUUUCAAACUAACCAAUCCUGUAUGUGUAUUGUUGUGUAUGUGCUUUGUCUCUCUCUCUCUCUCUCUCUCUCUCUAUAUAUAUAUAUAUAUAUAUAUGUGUGUGUGUGUGUGUGUGUGUGUGUGUGUGUGUGUUAGUGCAUUUCCGUAUUCCUAUAACUGUACUCUUCACACGUCCUCACAGCCCCUCUCAAGGCCACAGAUCGCUGUAUAAAGCAAAGCUUUGCAAUAGAAAUAUGAAUGUAGCCACAGAGAAUGAGUAGAACAUCCUGAAGGAGAGGGAAGAUGUGAAAGACAUGAAUUGUGAAUGUCAUCUGACCUGUCGAUUCUAAAAAGAAAUCAAUUUCCAUGAGUUAAUGAAAAAAAGGUCAGCUGACAGAUUUCUGAUGCUAUUGUGUACAAACUAAUCUCUCUCUCUCUCUCUCUCUCUCUCUGUAGUGCAGUUGUUUCAGUGUUGUCUGUUGUUAUGUGAGAUGGAGAACCAAAGUUCAGAAUUCAGGAGAACCUUGCUAGCUACACUGUAAGAAACGUAUUUCCAGUUUGACUAUCUUGACAAUAUUUAGCAAUACAGACCAGCUUGCAGCUUGGACUGUGUUAAGCUAAAAGUUUAGAUGGAAUCAUGAAAGCAUCCACAGACCAAAUAGCAAAUUAUCCAGCAAAGAUUACGAUCAACAGAUUACCCAUUUAUCCAGAUGCAAAUUUUUCAUUCUCUCAUUUUUAUCAUGUGAUGCGCCUAGACAGCGAGGAAUGUAUACAAAUCCAGAUGCAAGUACGAGCAAACCUGUUUAUGUAAGAGAUUAUUUUUUCAGUAGCCGCAGGGAAUGAGUGUGGAGUAAUCCAAUAACGCUUUAGCUACAAACAUUUAUGCAACGUUGUCAGGUUUCAAAGCUUCCGAAUCGCACUCGCUCAGGUUCGAUCUUAAGGCCUCGGAGGGUGCUGAAAACCCCACUUCCCACUUCUUCCUCUUCUUUCCUCAUGCUUCUGGGCUUGAUGCGUGAUUGUCUACGCUUCUCUGUUUGGCACUGACCUUGGCUAACGACCAAAAGAUUGGCCAUGAAGUUGGAGUACGGUGUUUGUGGAAUUAAAUCGGUUUGGAUUGGUGAUUUGAAAUCUUUGAAAGCCAAAUUCCUCAUUUCAGUUCCAAGUUGCAUAUCUGGAAAAUACAAAUCCAGUAUUAUUCCUGAAUUUGUUGGACUACUCCCUCUGGGGAUCUUUUGCAAUGUUACGAACUCUAAAAUCCACGAAAACGAGGCUCAUAUAUACACCGUGAGUUUGCGCUAAAGGACAUAAAAGUGCAGUGUUUUUCUGUGAAAAUCUUUUCUUGUGUGGUUUCUUCUAUUCGUGUUUUAUCCAGGUCUUCUCGUCUUUAUUUUGAACUCUUCGGGGACUUUUAAACACUUAUAACCAGUGUGUUUAUAGAUUUCCAAACUACCAGCAUUGAACAACAACUACAAAAAAAAAACAAACCCAUUGUAACUACCAUUACUACUUCAACUAAUAUGAGUCUUCUACUACUGCUGAUUUCUUUUUUUUCCUUUCGGUUCACUCCUCAAUCCCAAGUUUCACUGUGAUCGCUGAGGCGGCUGGGAAAUGAAGGCGUGUACUUCACAGUCACUCAGGGGUCCUGACCUAUCGCAGGCUCAGGUCAGGGGUCAGCUCAUAGGUGAUUUAGCUGGAAGUCUUUUUCUCCAAUAAAAGCAUUUCGGAUACCGAUCCUAGCGAACUCAAGUGAACUGUGAUAUGAUUAAGGGCGCAUAAAAAUAGGACACAGCCAUCAGACAAAGCUUUGGUAGAGAAAUCAUGGUUUAAAAAAAAAAAAAAGGUCGCUAAAUGCUAUCAAGUGCUGAGAUCCAGUCAUAGCAUAUGAAGGCGGUGCGUCACAGUCUUCAGGGCGCAUCUCAGUCCCUUAACAGUAUUUUCGAUUUUCAUAAAGAGCAGAUAUGCAGUAAGGCAACACACAGGACAUCUAUAUGCAAGGCAAGCGCUGGGUAUAACGCACACACACACACGCACACACACACACACACACACACACACACACAAACACAACACCUCCGAAUAUUUACUGUGAUCUCCUCUCACACCACCCACUCCCUCCCGACGUCCAUCACCUCCACUACCAGCAUCCUUUUCCCCGCCCCUGUCUCCACCCCCCACCCACCCUUCCUCCAAUACGAGUCCAGUGGGUGGUGUGAUGUCAGGUUUUUUUUUGUGGUGGGCUGUUUCUAACAGGUCCAGACAAUCAGCGUGUUUGUAAUUGUCAGUGUGUGAUUUUUCCAAUUUUUGUUGCAUUUUGGUUUUUUUUUUUUUGUUUGUUUGUUUCUUUUUCUUGUUUUAUUUUGUUUUAUGGUCAGGAUUUUAAAGGAAGAUAUUUUUAUGGUAAUUGUCGCUGGUCUAUUUUACUAUAUAUUUAUGUAAUAAAUAUGUGACUAAAUUUAUAUCACGGACUCCCUCGUUUGUUAUUGCCGCCUCUGUCCUCCAUGCACUUGCUGGACUUUGUUUGGGGUUUGGAUUGGCUGUUUUAACAGCGUUUAAAGGAGCAGUUUGUAAUGUUUACAGCCCUCUGCUGGCUCUGAGGUGAAUUGAAAUUGCAAGUGAAAUUUUUUCAAACAUUCCUCCUCCCCCAACACCAUGACUUAUUUAUUUAUUUUUUUUGGCUCCAAGUUGCUGAGUAGCUC